CACAAGUUCAAGCUUUGAUGAGCACCAAUGGGUCAUUCAAAUACGCCUUGCUCUCGAUGAAGAGCUUGAAGAAAAUAUCCAUGAAAUCCCAGUCAGCAUUUUCAAUGUCCCAAGGCCCCUAAUGGCUAGCAACCCAGAUUCUAACAUUGCACACCACAAGAUGUUGCAUUAG